AUGGUCCACCUCCAAUCCCUCCCCACGGAGCUUCUGGACCGCAUUCUCUCGUUCCUUGCUGACUCCUCCGGCGAACCCCCCGGCAAGGAACACCACUGCUGCGCCACUGCCGACUUGUACAAUGCCUGCCUGGUCUCGCAGAAAUUUCGCAAUCUCACCCAGCCGGUCUUGUUCCGCAAUUUCAAUGCCGACGAUACCGAAGACCCCUUGAAUCUCCUGAUCCGGUUCACCAAGUGCGUCUAUCUGCGCCCCGAGCUUGGAGGACACCUUAAGACCCUCAGCAUUGCUGCAUUGGAUAAUGGGGACUUUUACGGAGAGCCCGAGCUCGCCGACAACAUAACCGGCCCCCAGGUCGAUCCUGAGGAUCUGAAGUUCGUUCAGAAAUCAAUACGAGAUCUGCGCUUGGGUGAUUUGGAGAAACAAUGGUUGAAGGCACUGGAGAAUUGGCAAUUCUCACCGGUUGUUGCACUGCUCGCUCACAAGACCCCCGACCUGCGUGCGCUUCGUAUGCCUCAUGACCCUGUGAUCCGCGACGCACUCACUUCCCUUUGCAGACGGGAUGAGAAAUUCCUGCCCAAUCUGGAUAGGCUGUGGAUGAUCUGCUACGAACCGCUGGAAACUGGAUACGACAUCGGCUCGUAUAACGACGUUCUCAGCCUUCGUAAAAUAACCUCACCGACUUUCGAGUUCGCCGACCUGCCAGGCAAGACAUUCCCUGCCAGCUGGAAAUCGGGCACCUUGGCGUUCGAAGAGCUGGCCUUCAACCAUUGCCGCAUUGACGCCUCUGGGAUCAACAAACUCAUGCAGGCGUGCAAGAGGGUCAAGUCUUUCGUUUACCAGAACUUUGCUCUCACCCCAGACGAAGCCCGAGAUGAAGCCCUGGAGCUUCCGGAAUUCACUGCCGCUGAGGUCCAUGCUGCCGUACUUCCUCACAAGGACUCCCUCGAGCACUUCCACCUCGAAUAUCUCCGUGAACCUUGGGAAAUUUCUACUCCCGAUGCAUACCGCAAAUAUUGCGAACGCUGCGUGAAGCUUCCCUCGUUCCAGGACUUCCCCGUUCUCGAAACCAUAAUCGUCCAGCACGCCCUGCUUGCGGACUUCCCGCGGUUCCCGCCAUCGUUGCAACGACUGGAUAUCACCGACUGCAACUCGUCGAUCCGAGACAUGGUCACUGACAUCGCUAGCGACUGUAAGCGUGGCAAAUACCCUCGCCUGACCGAGUUCAAGGUGUUGACCACCGACAUCACAAAACCAAUCAAACUGCCCGGCCAGCUUGUCCCGCCUGGGAAGACACCAGAGCAAUGCUUCCGCAGCCUUCGGGAUUUGUUCAAGGGAACACCGGUGGACUUCCAGAUCCUGCCGUACGAUGUACCACCCAUGCUUGGCGAUGGCUACGACGACGAAGACGACGAGGACGACCCUGACGGUCCAUUUGCACUGCAGGACCCGCCCAAUGGCGCGCAGCUGCUGUCCCAGCUGAUGAUGGUGGCGGCGAACAGUCCACAGCUCGCCGCCCUGAUGGCGGACAUGGCGAACAACGAGUGGCAAACAGAGAGCGAGGAUAGUGACUGA